AUGGCACCCGCCCCCGUCAGCCUCGUCCUCCAGGCCGUAGGCGCACUCACAAUCGCCUAUCUCCUGCUCUCUUUCUCCUCUGUUCUUCUUCGCGCGUUUGUCUUGCCCGGAAAGCCUUUGAAAAAGUUUGGGGCAAAGCAAGGCGCUUGGGCAGUGGUGACGGGUGCUUCCGAUGGGAUUGGUCGCGAAUUCGCUCUCCAGCUCGCGCGAGCGGGCUUCAAUGUAUUCCUCGCUGCUCGCAAUCCCGACAAACUAGCUGCCGUGGCCUCGGAAAUCUCGGACGUUCAGACUCGCACUUUUGCGAUCGACUUUGCGCACGCUGAUGACGCUGUCUACCAAAGUCUCUCCGACGCGCUCGCGGAACUUGAUAUCGGUGUUUUGGUGAACAACGUCGGAAAGUCCCAUGAGAUGCCAUCCGAUUUCGUCGAUACCCCUGCUGAUGAGAUUCGUGACAUCCUCGCCAUCAACGUUUCCGCCACGUUGCGCGUCACCUCGCUCGUCACGCCGGGAAUGGUCUCUCGUCAUCGUGGAUUGAUCCUCAACAUCGGGUCUUUCGGUGGUGCUGCCCCUGCCCCCAUGCUCGCCACCUACGGCGCGUCCAAGGCUUUCUUGGCGACAUUCUCCGACGCCCUCGCGGCCGAGCUCGGGCCCAAGGGCGUCACCGUGGAGCAUUCUAACACUUACUUCGUCGUGUCAUCCAUGUCCAAGAUCCGCCGCCCCUCACUGCUCAUCCCGCUUCCAAACGCCUACGUUCGAGCCGUCCUGCGCGGGAUCGCGCCCGGCACUCAGAUUCCAUAUUGGUCGCAUGCCCUCCUCGGCUUUGUUAUGCGGCUAGCCCCCGCACAAGUCGUAUUGCAGUACACUCAUGCGUUGCAUAAGGACAUUCGAAAACGUGCUUUGAAGAAGAAGGAAAGGGAGGCCAAAAAGGCUUGA